GUGGGUGAACCCCUUCCCCUCCUCCAGCCUGGGCGGCACCCGGCCUAGCCCUAUCCCGAAAGGGGGGUGGGUUGGUGGGAGAGAGGUCGGCAUUUGCCCUUCCAGCCCACCCCUCUUACCCAAAUGUAUAUAGGGAGCUGAGAGGGCGCCGCUUCUCCUGACAUCCUGGGUGCAACUGAGAUCGGAUCCUCUCGCUGCUGCUGCUGCUGCUGCAAAGAUGGCUUUGCUAAGCUCCUACGUGCCCGACUUGCAGCGCUUGCUGGAGAAGGACCCCUACCUGACUCCCUUUGAGCAGGACUUCGAGCGCAGGUAUAGUCUCUUCCAUCGCAUCUUGAAGAACAUUGAAGAAAAUGAAGGUGGCCUUGACAAAUUUACAAAGAGUUACCAAACAUUUGGAGUCAACAGAUUUAUUGAUGGAGGAUUGUACUGUAAGGAAUGGGCUCCUGGAGCAGAAGCUGUGUUUCUUACCGGAGACUUCAAUAACUGGAAUCCAUUUUCUCACCCAUAUAAGAAAAUGGAUUUUGGGAAAUGGGAGUUGUUCAUCCCACCUGGACCAGAUGGAUUUCAUCCUGUGCCACAUGGAUCAAAACUAAAGGUGGUUAUCCGAAGCAGAAGUGGAGAAGUCCUCUACCGUAUUUCUCCCUGGGCAAGAUAUGUAACUCAGGGUGCCAAUGUGAACUAUGACUGGGUAAAUUGGGAGCCACCGACCCCAUACAGACGGAGACAUCCUGUUCCUAAGAAGCCUAAAAGCUUAAGGAUCUAUGAAUCUCAUGUGGGAAUUGCUUCCCCUGAAGGGAAAGUAGCUUCAUAUAAAAACUUCACACACAAUGUACUUCCGAAAGUCAAGGAUCUUGGAUAUAAUUGCAUUCAGUUGAUGGCUGUGAUGGAACAUGCUUACUAUGCUAGUUUUGGUUAUCAGAUUACAAGCUUUUUUGCAGCAUCAAGUCGUUAUGGACCUCCAGAUGACUUGAAGGAACUAAUUGAUGUGGCCCACUCAAUGGGAAUUACUGUCUUGCUGGAUGUUGUACACAGUCACGCAUCAAAGAAUUCUGAGGAUGGCCUGAACAAAUUUGAUGGCACAGAUGAUGCAUUUUUCCACUCUGGUCCUAGAGGAACACAUGCCUUGUGGGAUAGCCGACUUUUUGACUACGCAAACUGGGAAGUCUUGAGAUUUCUUCUUUCCAACCUAAGGUGGUGGAUAGAAGAGUAUGCCUUUGACGGCUUUCGAUUUGAUGGCGUAUCAUCUAUGCUGUAUCACCAUCAUGGUAUUGGCACAGCUUUUAGUGGAGAUUACAAUGAAUACUUCGGGAUGCACGUUGAUGAUGAAGCUUUAGCGUACCUAAUGAUGGCAAACUACAUGAUACAUUUAUUGCAUCCGGAAUGUAUAACGAUAGCAGAGGAAGUGUCUGGAAUGCCUGCCCUUUGCUGUCCAGUAACAGAAGGAGGAGCUGGAUUUGAUUAUCGAUUGGCCAUGGCAAUUCCUGACAAAUGGAUUCAGAUAAUUAAGGAGCUUAAGGAUGAAGAGUGGGAUAUGGGCAAUAUAGUGUUCACGCUAACAAAUAGAAGAUACGGAGAGAAAUACAUUGCGUAUGCAGAGAGUCAUGACCAGGCUCUUGUUGGCGACAAGACCUUGGCGUUUCGGCUGAUGGAUGCCGAGAUGUAUGAGAACAUGAGUGUCAUCUCACCUUUUACUCCAGUUAUUGAUCGAGGAAUACAGCUUCAUAAAAUGAUUCGCCUCAUAACUCAUGCCAUGGGAGGAGAGGGUUAUCUCAACUUCAUGGGUAAUGAGUUUGGGCAUCCAGAAUGGCUAGACUUUCCCAGACAAGGCAAUAAUGAAAGCUUCCAUUAUGCCAGGAGACAGUUUAAUUUAGCUGAUGAUCAGCUUCUUCGCUAUAGAUUCCUAAAUGAAUUUGACAGAGAUAUGAACAAGUUGGAAGAAAGAUUUGGCUGGCUUUCAUCACCCCCGGCUUACGUGUGUGAAAAACAUGAAUCAAACAAAGUUAUUGCUUUUGAGAGGGCAAAUCUUCUGUUUAUAUUCAAUUUCCACCCAUCAAAAAGCUAUACAGACUACAGAGUGGGUAUAGAAAAACCAGGAAAGUAUAAAAUUGCACUGGAUUCUGAUGCUCCGCAGUAUGCAGGACAUAGCAGACUGGACCAUAAUACAGACUUCUUCUCACAGGAGUAUGGACAUAACUGUCGGCCUAAUUCUAUUUUGCAACCCAAUUCACUGAGUGCAAGUGAUCGCCAGCCCCGAGGACAACAGCACACAUACUACCUGGAGGUGUACAUUCCAAGCAGAGUGGCUAUAGUGCUUCAGAAUAUGGAUAUACAAAACUGAAGACAUCCAUCCUACAAUUAGAUCCAUGACCUCAAAUGCCAGGCACCAUUUUGAGGAGAGAGAGAUAUCCGGGGUUUACUGUUUGGAAACUUUUCUAUAUGAAGAUACAUAUUAAAUAUGUGCCUAUUGUUUGUUUAUAAUUUCCCAUUGUUAAAUGCUUAUUCAAAGAAAUAAGCAUUUAAAAUCAGAGGAAGAAAAAGUGCAUUGUUAACAGCUCGACGGAUUGUUAACAGACUUAGAUUUCAGAACAGCUGGUAUCCUCAAAGUAACUCUUCCCGUAUUUUAUGAGAAAUAAUUCAAAAACUGCCUUCACUGUUUUCAACUAUUUGCUUCAAUCCCAUUUAUAAUUUUGGUACCGAAUGCAGGUUUUUCAUUAGAUGACAUUUUGUGUUAGAAAUAAAUAAUUAAUGAUGUUGUUGCCUUCAAAGGCAGCCUUAUGUAUUUGUUUGACAGUGGGUUCCAAGCUUAUUAAAUGUUUUCAGUGUUUUCGUAUGUUAAACCACUAAAAAAAACAAGGUUGUUAGAUUUAACAAACCUAUUGGG